AUUUUGGUGAAUCAUGGGGGGUGCUUUGUAAAUAGCGUAGCUAUAUGACCAAGGAUUCAUCGAGAAAGAAAGAAAAGGAAAGAGAGGGAGAAGCCGCCGUGAUCUCGUGUUCCAAAUCCAAGGUUUAGAGAAAGAACUCAAUGGCUGCACAUGUCGUCUUGAAGGGACCAAGUGUGGUGAAGGAGAUCUGCAUCGGCUUAACUCUUGGCCUGUUCGCCGGCGGUCUCUGGAAGAUGCAUCACUGGAAUGAGCAGAGGAAAACCCGGGCCUUCUACGACAUGCUGGAGAAGGGCCAGAUCAGUGUCGUCGCGGCUGAGGAGUAAAAAGAUUUCCACAUUAUUUUCUAUAUGAUAAGUUGGUCAAGAACCUACUUUGAUUCUAGUUUCCCCUCUUGUUGUUGCUUCCUGGAAUAAAUCUAGUUAGUGUGGACUUUGUAUAAAGAGCAUGUUACUCUCUCUCUUGUUUCACUGAGAAGUCCAUGUUGAACUUCUCUUCUUGUUUUUGAGAAACUUUCUAUUCAAAAUGUUUUU